AUGUCGACGUCCGGCCCCUUCCGCAUCGUCGAGCAUACGGUUGCCGGUCAGCACAUUCGGGAGUAUCCUGGGGCUACUGCGAAUGAACAGGAGGAUGUCCUAAACCUGGUUGUGAAACAAUAUAUUCCUUUGGAUAACCCCAAUCCGCAGCCUGGAGAUGCCACUAUACUCGCGGCACAUGCGAACGGCUUCCCAAAGGAGCUCUAUGAGCCUCUGUGGGAGGAGUUACAUGCUCAAUCAAAAGUCAAUGGGUUCCGUAUCCGAAGCAUUUGGAUGGCCGAUGUUGCACACCAGGGAGAAAGUAGUGUGAUCAACGAGGACCUACUAGGGAACGACCCCAGCUGGUUCGACCAUCCUCGCGACCUCCUACACCUAGUUAAUGUGAAGCGCAAAGAGAUGCCACGCCCUAUCAUCGGCGUCGGACAUAGUAUGGGCGGUGCGCACCUGUUCGUCCCCAUCUUUCCUCUAAGUAAAACGCGUGUCGAUAACAGUCUCCUUCUUAGUACCCAGCUAGCGACUAUUCAUCCACGCCUCCUUCACAGUCUGAUUCUACUCGAUCCCGUUAUUCAACGUCAAACCACACAGCUAGACCCUGGCGAUCUAGGCAAGCAGAAACUCGUCAUUGCCAAAACCACUCAGUCCUCUACAUACAGACGCGACCGUUGGCCCUCCCGCAAGGCUGCAUUGGACUCAUACAAGAAGAACCCGUUCUAUCAGUCCUGGGAUCCUCGUGUUCUCGAACGCUGGGUCGAAUACGGCCUCCGGGACCUCCCUACAUCCAUCCACCCGCUCGAUGAAGCUUCAAACAACAGCGCCGACCGUCCCGUAACCCUACGAACAACCCUUCAUCAAGAAGUAUUCACCUUUUCCCGACCGAACUACGACGGACCGCCAGGAUUUGCUGUUCCCGUGAACAAAGUAACGCAUCCAGAUCUUGACCCCGACCAUUUGGGGUCGUGGCCUUUCUACCGACCAGAGCCGUCCCGGAUAUUCGCCCAGCUUCCCCAUCUUCGCCCAAGCGUGCUUUACAUCUUUGGCGAAACAUCAGACAUGUCCUCGCCUACGAUGAUAGCGGACAAGCUAUCACACACAGGUACCGGACUGGGCGGUAGUGGCGGAGUCGUGGCCGGUCGUGUCCGAGACGUAGUUCUACAGGGUAAAGGGCAUCUCGUGGCCCAAGAAGCGCCAGUACAAUGCGCCGAAGAGACUAGCAAGUGGCUAGGAGCCGAACUCCAACGCUGGAGAGAAGAGGAGAAGCUGUUUCAGGAUCAGUGGAGUCAAAAGUCCAAAGUUGAGAAGGUCACUAUCGAUCACCGGUGGAAGGCGCACGUACCGGCUCCUGUGCGACCCAAGAAGAACGAGGUGAAGUCGAAAUUGUGA